AUGGUUUUUAUAUCCUUUGACAAAUGCCCUAAAAAUGGUGUGUAUGAGGUCACUGUGGUUGUGCAAGUUUUGACAAGUCCAGUGAUCUUCCGUGAAGGCGCACAAGCGAGCUGCAUGGGCUGUGCAGGAAGUUGUGCAAGUUUCGGGUCCAUUCCAAAAAGUCUAUUCAAUCUUGCUUCGUUGUCGGUCUUAUCCAUGCAAGCAAAUGGCUUGACAGGUGAAAUACCGGCGGAAAUAGGGUCUCUUGUCGCACUUCAGAUCCUUGAUUUGGGAAACAAUGGCCUCAAAGGAACCUUUCCAAUAAGUCUAUUUAAUUGUAGUUCAUUGGGGAUCUUAUCUUUCGAUGAACUUGGCUUAACAGGUACAAUACCAUCUGAGAUUGGCGAACUCCGAAAUCUUGAGUACUUGAACCUUAAGUAUAAUAGCUUAACAGGGACUAUCCCAUCUCCUUUAUUCAAUAUGACAGCUUUAAGAAUUAUAGGACUUGAAUCAAACCGCUUCUCAGGUAGACUUCCCUCAGAAUUUGGCCACAGUCUUCCGAAUCUGGAAGAAAUAUACAUAUGGAGCAACCAGUUUAGUGGACAACUUCCUAGUUCCAUCUCCAAUUGUUCCAAGCUCACUAUUGUGGCUGGUGUGACAGUGGCAUUGGGCGCAAACUCCUUCUCUGGACCUAUCCCCAAUAGUCUUGGCAACCUAAGGAAUCUGGAAGUGCUUAACAUACCAGAUAAUCUUUUUACCGAUGAAUCUUCAGUUUGCAAAGCAUUAACAAGACUAGCAUUAGCAGGCAAUCCACUCAACGGCACUCUUCCGAUUUCAAUCAGUAAUUUCUCUGCUGUACACUAUUUUGAUGCACAAAGUUGUAACAUCAAAGGCAACAUAGCAAGAGAAGUAGGCCAACUGAGCAACUUGACAAUCUUAAAGCUGCAAAACAAUGAAUUGGUAGGAUCAAUUCCAGCUACACUUGGUAGAUUGCAGAAGCUCCAAGUUAUGCAUCUUCAAGGAAAUAAGUUGAAUGGUUCGUUGCCCAAUGAUAUUUGCCAAAUGAGUAGCUUGGGAGAAUUAAUUUUGAGCAGAAACAACCUCUCUGGAGCUCUACCAGCUUGCCUGGGGGAUGCAUUUUUAGGAAAUGAUGAACUUUGGGGUUCUCCCCUGUUGCAAUUGACACCAUGUAAAAUUAGUAGUCAUGGAAGAUCAAAGACUACCACCAAGAAAGUACUCUUAUAUAUUCUCCCUGCUAUGAUAUUGAUAAUUGUUGUCAUACUUGUCUCAUUAAGAUGUCAGAAGGCAACAGUUAAGAUAGAAACUGUGGUUGAUCCAGAUCUCGUGAUUGUGGCAACAUGGAGAAGAAUUUCCUUCCAGGAACUUGAAAAGGCGACAGAUGGAUUCUGCAGUAGCAACCUACUUGGUACAGGGGGUUUUGGUACUGUAUAUAAAGGAAGACUUGGUGAUGGGAUGGAUGUUGCUGUAAAAGUUUUCAACUUGCAACUAGAAGGAGCAUUCAAGAGCUUUGAUGCAGAAUGCGAGGUAAUGAGCAAGAAUGCGAGGUAA